AUGUCUUCCAUCAACUAUGCAACACCGAUAUCUCCUACGGUGCUUGUUUAUUUAUCUGAACAUCAGUCGAAUGAAAUCUCUGUUCUAUCAGAGAAUGAGCGAACACCAAAACCAGUCGAUCAGAAUGAAGAGAGUGAUCAAGAUGAAGGAAUUAAUGAUGAACUUCAAAUUGCUUAUGAAGAACAAAUAAUAUCAGCUAAAUCAAUAAACAACACCAUGCCAAUAGAAAAUACAACUAAUUCUAAAAAAGAUUCGUAUUUUCAUCCAUUACUAGAAAAUGAUAUAAAGGAUGUAUUUUCAAAGGUAUCAACGAAUUUUUUAGCUGGAUUCUCUUAUGAAUCAGCUACAGAAGAUUCGUCUUCGUCAAUGUUAACUUUUCAUUUUUAUACCGAUUAUAUUGAGAUUGAAACAGCAUGUCAAUGGCAAAUUUGUCAUAAAAAGCCAUUGAUCUGUCAAAUAUUAGUUCAUAAUGAGACUUAUCUCGAUCAAAACGUAAUUAUUAAACAUAUAUAUCAAACAUGUGAAUGUCAUCCGGAAAAUGCAAAUAAAGUGCCGUUUAUAGAGCGACUUAUUCGUGAUUAUUUUGAAAGAGUUCAUAUAACUAUGGAAACAUUACGACUAUCGCGUGCUGCCUUUGAACCUGACUUACGUUUAAAAUAUUUUUUAGAACUUGUAUCCGAUAAAUCGAAACGAACACAAUAUGAAGAACUGCUACUCACAACGAACGAUCAAGGUUUAUUAGACGAAUUACUUGAUUAUGAAAUUCUUGAUACUAAUACAACAGUGGCUAAAAAAUUAGGACUACUCAAAUUGCCUCGUAGUAAUUUUUCUAAUAAAAAUCCACAUUAUGAUCUUAAUGUAAAAAAUUUACCAAAUCUUAAUUACGGUUAUCUUGUUCAAUUUUGUAAAUAUUUUGAAUAUCGUAUGAGAAAUCUAAAUUCAUUAUGUGUCAUGUGUGGAAAACGUACACUUGAUUUAGUUGACCAAAAACAAAUUUCGAAACCGACUAUUUGUGAUGAUUAUACAUGUUUUAGUGAUGCGAUGGAUUCCAAAUUUCGUGAUGAUCCUCUUCCACCGUCAAUAUUUUCGAUUGAAAUUGCAGAUUUUCUUCUGUUACUCGUUUAUGCAGCAAUUCAUUCUAAUCGAUAUGAAUUAAUUCUUGAUCCCUAUCCAAAAUUGAUAAAUCCAUAUAACACAUCAACAACAUUACUUGAUCAGCACGGAAAUCAAAAACAAAAUAUUCAUGAAUUAAGAAACAUAAUAGACCAAAUCAUGACAAUGGGAUCAAUAACACAAUAUGAAGCUGUUAAAAUAUCAUUAAGAAGUAUGAUUGAAUUAAAACAUCCGUGGGGUUUUUCAUUCUUUCACUGGUUGAUGGGAACAAAUCGUUAUCAUUUUUCAUUAAUUCCAGAAACAUAUCAAAUAAAAAGUAUUAAUACACAGUAUCAAUAUUUUAUAAAACACGAAGAUAUUGUAAAACAUGUUAAUUUUAAAAAAUUACGAGCUGAAAAAGGAAGUAUUUUCGCUUUUCAUGGCUCCCCACAAGAAAAUUGGCAUUCAAUUCUUCGAUCAGGCUUACAGAUUGGUAAAGGAGGAUAUUUAAUAAAUGGUGCGGCAUAUGGUGCAGGAAUUUACGCUUCACCUAGUUUUAUAUUUUCAACGUCAUAUACGAGAGUUUCUCGAUUAUAUGAUCCCUCAACGCAAUUCCAUUCUGAUGUUUAUCCAAGUACAGAAAUACCACCACUUAAACAACGAGGUUGGCAUUGCAUAGCUUUAUGUGAAAUUAUCAAUUCACCAGAUGCCUAUAAAAAGCAUACAAAAGACAUUUGGACAAUUCAAGAUCCGAAUUUAAUUUGUACCAGAUUUAUAUUCUUUUUUUCGAGAGGAACCAAUACGAGCAAUCUUCGUGUUGAUGCUGAACCAGAAGCAUCAUCAAUAAGAGCACUUAUUCAUACAUUGAAUAAUAUUGCUUGUUAA